UCUAGCAAUCCGAUCUCGUCUUGGCGCAUUUGCACAAGCAUCGCAUUUGUGAUAUUAACGUGCAUAGGGUAUUCUUUUAAUCUUGCAUCGAUUUUGUCUAUAAGACAUUGUAUGUAUUCACGCAAUGGUUUCUCAGCAACCUUACUUGACUGUUCGUAGGCCAUAACUAUGUGGUCUAUUAUCGCGAUAUCAGUCACUCCAAAUAGACCCAGACUGACGCGAGCUUCUGAGUCGAUAUAUAGAUUACAAUCAUUGACGAACAACUCCUGGUCACUAUCAUUGAAUUCCCACUGGAAGGCUAUUGCAUCGCCAUCGAAACGAACUCUGUCAAAUUCGUUAGCAUCCAAAGUGAAACCAUAGUCCAUGGCUAGCUGAACAUUCGAGAGUGUAUCUCCAUAACUGUUAAACAGCUCCUGGUGGGGUUCUAUGGUCUCUGUGGUGACUAUAUCGACCGUCUGUUUGUCGUUUGUUUGAGAAUGGCUAAGAUUACCACAACAACCACAAACAAGGGUAUCUGAUUCGAAUUCUACGGUAGAUUCCUCCGUAUGGUUGAAUAAGUCUGCGACUGGGACCAGCCCGACGUCGUGAUAGUUAUCUAUAGUAAAAAGUCUCGAUGAUGUGAUAGCGUAGGCGUAGAGGUAGUCAUUGAAAGAAAUGCCAUCCGCUAGAGGAGCCAGUGAAGUAUGAAAGAUAUCCUCUAGCUGAGCUCUCGAAUGUCGUCCUCGUAUGCCUUCCUUUGUGUUACAUAGACUGUCCAAUUCCUUCGCGAGCUCCAUACCAUCCAUUUCUGGAGUUGGUAGCCAGAGUGAGGCUAUAUCAGGUGCCUCUUUUGGUAGUGACUCUAUGUAGCUCAGCCACGUGCUUCUUUCACCUCGAUGUAUUUCAAAAGCCAAGGCAAAAGAGAGUAAAACGACGCGACUCUGGUUGAGUUGAGAUAAUUGUUGAUGCAUUGAAGAAUUUCUGAUCGUGAGUAAAGCAUCCUUCGGUACUUUUGCGACUAUUUGGGCUCUUUAGCAGACUCAAGGUGUGUAUAGUGAGCUCACUAGGGGUGCUCUUUAGAAUGUAGUCAUUGGACAAGACCCUGUCAGUUAGCAAGAGCAGUCUACUAUCGAGUUCAACGCUGUGCUCUUUGCACCAAUUCAGAAGAGAAGAAUUCAUUCGAGGGUUACAAAAGAGAAGACUCAGCAAUUAUCAGUGAAAGUAAAAAGGUUUCCUUCAAAAUAAUUAGGAAAGACUAAUCGUAGAAGCAUCAUUUCUGCUGAGCUUCAAAGAAGCUGUUAUGAAGGAACUCAAGUUAGGACAUUUAAAGGCCGUCAACUGAAAAUUUUAAAUUAAUUAAACAACGACAAAGUAAAUAAAUAGAGAAAUAUUAAGUGAAUAUCCCCAGAUAUUUAUUUACUCAUCCCGAUUUGGACAUAUUUAGUGAUUUUUUAUUUCUCAGCUCAAGCCAGCUCAUGGAUCGCAGCCGUCGAUUCCUUUCCAGUAAACUACAAAACACUAGAAGCCAUGGAAGAAGAAGUCGCAGCACUCGUUAUUGACAACGGUUCUGGUAUGUGUAAGGCCGGUUUCGCCGGUGACGACGCACCAAGAGCUGUUUUCCCUUCAAUCGUCGGUCGUCCACGUCACCAAGGUGUCAUGGUCGGUAUGGGUCAAAAGGACUCUUACGUCGGUGACGAAGCCCAAUCAAAGCGUGGUAUCCUCACCCUCAAAUACCCAAUUGAACACGGUAUCGUCACUAACUGGGAUGAUAUGGAAAAGAUCUGGCAUCACACUUUCUACAACGAGUUGCGUGUCGCACCUGAGGAGCACCCUGUCUUAUUAACUGAGGCUCCACUCAACCCAAAGGCUAACAGAGAAAAAAUGACUCAAAUUAUGUUUGAAACUUUCAACGCACCAGCAUUUUACGUCGCUAUCCAAGCUGUUUUGUCUUUAUACGCAUCUGGUAGAACAACUGGUAUUGUUUUAGAUUCAGGUGAUGGUGUCUCACACACAGUCCCAAUUUAUGAAGGUUACGCACUCCCACACGCAAUUAUUAGAUUAGAUUUAGCAGGUAGAGAUUUAACUGAUUAUUUGAUUAAAAUUUUGAUGGAAAGAGGAUAUCCAUUCACCACCUCAGCUGAACGUGAAAUCGUCAGAGAUAUCAAGGAACGUUUAUGUUACGUUGCACUCGACUUCGACCAAGAGUUGCAAACUGCUAACCAAUCUUCCGCUUUGGAGAAGAGCUACGAAUUGCCAGAUGGUCAAGUUAUCACCAUCGGUAACGAGCGUUUCAGAGCACCAGAAGGUCUCUUCAAGCCAUCCUUACUCGGUCUUGAAGCUGCAGGUAUCCACGAGACUACCUACAACUCUAUCAUGAAGUGUGAUCUUGACAUCCGUAAGGACCUCUACGGUAACGUUGUCAUGUCAGGUGGUACUACUAUGUACCACGGUAUUCCAGACCGUAUGCAAAAGGAAUUGACUGGUUUGGCCCCAUCCUCAAUGAAGGUCAAGAUUGUCGCCCCACCAGAACGUAAGUACUCUGUAUGGAUUGGUGGUUCUAUUCUUGCAUCACUUUCAACCUUCCAACAAAUGUGGAUCUCCAAGCAAGAAUAUGAUGAAUCUGGUCCUUCAAUCGUUCACCGCAAGUGUUUCUAA